ACUUCCGCAUUUUAUAUGCCAAAGUCUACGCUAGGUCAGCUGGGUCAGAGAACAUCCAUGGCGCGAGUAGCGACGCGACGGAGUGGACGGUUUGUGGGAGGGGGAUGAAGCAGUGGAUGACAGAGCGUAUUAACGCGAGUCCAACAACGAGGUAACGCCGACGAGACGAUCUCGACGAGCGAGCGCACGAGCGAUAAACAGAGACCCACCGAGUGAAUCUACGAGAAAUCCACCAGGAUGGCGACUGGUAAACGACGUAGCAUCCACACGACGUCCGGGAGUGCUGGGAUCAAUGGUAGCGGCAGUGCUAGUGGUGGCAUCCGCUCGAGUCGGAUGAAUUUUCGGCCGAACCUCACACAGGAGGACCGCGGUGGCACCCGGCCCACCGCGGCGCCCAGUUCUAUCGGCCUCAUACUCGUUACUAUGCUGUUGCACGUGUGCAAGAAGUCCCUCCUCUUCGACACCCGGCUGAAGGUGGCAAUCUACUGCGGUACCAUAUUCGUGGUGUCGCUGAUCGCAGACUUCAUCGCGAUGCCGCGCACGUACUUCUCCAAGUCCGACAACGCGCUAAACCAGUACUUCGUCAAGUGGAGCUGGGGCUGGCUGCUAUCCGUGAUAAUUCCCUGGGUCGCCCUGACGGCACACACGAUCGGCUGCGGCCGCAGGCCGGUCUUGUUGCGUCACUUGGGUCGUGUGGUCCUCGCGACCUUCGCCUGGCUCGCCUGGACCAAGCUGUUCCACUACGUGGAGAACAACUACGGCAGGUGCCUGAGCACCCGUGACGUUCAGCUGCAGUCCAAGGUCAAAUGUCUGCAGUCAGGGAAAUUCUGGAGCAGUCUCGACAUAUCCGGCCACACGUUCAUCUUGAUCUACUCCAGUUUGAUAUUAGCUGAGGAAGGCGCUUCGUUGAUCGGCUGGGAGGGUAUCAGGGACCUGGUGAUGCGUGAGGAGCACACGCGCGCCACUCCGAACGAGACCAGCACCGGACCCCUCCGUAAUAUCUCUAACACCGACCUGGAGUUCCUGAAGAAGGCACAUUGGGCGCUCACACCGUAUCUGCGCGGCCUGUUCGUGGUGAUGACCAUGCAGCAGCUGCUGUGGGACAUCAUGCUGGUGUCGACGGUGCUCUACUAUCACAUCAUGAUAGAGAAGUUCCUCGGCGGCGUGGCGGCUGUUAUUACGUGGUAUGUUACGUAUCACUGGUGGUACAAGCUGCCGAACAACGGCUUGCCCGCGCCCGGCGACGGUCUCUUCAAGUACAACGAGACGAGGACAAACUUGGAGGCUAGCACUGCCAGGACGAGACGCACUACCUUGAACGGCACCAAUCAGAUGCCCACAUUCAUGGGCAUGCCUAUCAGAACGACGACGAUGACGCAAGAAGCCGCCGAGUCGAGUCUGUCGAACAGGCAAGCGGAUCUCGACAUACCCACCUCCAGAGUGUAAGACCCUCGAAUGCCGUACGAAUGCUCGAACGGAUCGCGCGCUGAUGCGAUUCGACGGAAAGGGUUGAAUAUUCGGGGAACUGAUUGUUUCGCGGAGAACUUCCUACUGCUAGACGUGCAAUUGGCGAAUCUGAUUAAAGGUAUACGCAGAGAUGUCCCGCACUACCUGUGAUCGUCCUGUACAUUGAUUAACGUUGACAUUCACAAUGUGGUCUAGUAGUAAUUUUUUAUAUCUGAAAAUCUGAUAGAACAACAAAGUUUGUUAAUCCUGAGGUGAUCGACACGUCCGUUCGAGGCGUAAAGUUGUACUCAAGCGAGUACCCGAAUAUUCGGCCCACAGGUUGAGUACGAGAGUUCACUCGGGUGUACGAGUAAGAGGCACAGUUUCACCGAGGACUGCUCGACACACACACACACACACACACGUACAUACACACAGAUGCCUUCCUCGAUUUUUCGCGUGUAAGUAAAACUCGAACUCUACGCGACCGUACACAACACGUGUGUUCUUCGAGGUAUCAUUAAUUUGGGAUCCGGGUAAUUAAGAUUACGCAAUUACGUCAGGGCGACUCUAUCGAGUCUCGUUUCUUCAGGUGUUUGUAAUUUACAAAUUAAGAAAUAGGAAUACGUGCGCUUGUUUUUUUUUUUCGUUUGAUACCUCCGUAUGGAUUGUUACGAAAAGACACGUUAUCUUAAUUUAUUAUUUAGCGUUCAAGUCGAUAUUUCCGGUAACACUCUUGUGGAUACUUUGUUUUGUAAUUUAUAUUUAAUAAAGUCUGUCGUUAACAAAGCGUUUGUCCCUUAAGUUAACAUGGUGCUUAUGGCAUGAAAUUAGCGUAGCGCAUCUCGUCACGAUAUAUUUAUACACGGAAGAAAAGUACAAAAUAUAUAUAUGUAUAUAUAUGUGUGUAUAUAUAUAUAUACACGUUUUCUGUUACGAAAUCUUCCUUCUUUCUCGCGCGUAGCACAAUUUUCUUUCUGCAUUUAAGAUUAUAUUCGUCUACAUUAGUUCUUUUGAAAUUAGUCUUUCUCGCAUAACUAGGCUUAUCUAAAAGAUCGUCUAAUAUCGCACUGUGGUCAGAUUGACUGAUUAUGUCGAGGAUUUCUCAUGCACUGAAAACGAGAAGGUUUACGUGCAUUCCAGAAGAAAAGAAACAAUGACGCUUUGUUUCUCUUUCAAAGGAGAAACUUGGCUAUCCCUAGAAUAAUAUAAAUGUGCAGUUCACAGAAUACGUUAUAAUAAAUUUACUUCUUCUCGUCGGAUUAAAUUGAAAUAUCUCGUUCACUAAUCGGAGAUUAUAGCACCAUGGCAUAUUUUCAAAAUCACUCCACUGCGGUACGAUUAAUUGGUUUUUGCUUUUAUGUUGCGAAAAAAAAAACGUCAGAGAGUCAGCUUAUAUACGUUUUCUAUGUAUA